GGCAGGUGGGCUCGGCGCCGCCUUUCCCCUCCCCUCCUGUGGCGGGAGCCGCGGGUGGCGCGCCGGGGGACCGCCGGGGCCCUGCCUGCAGGUCUGGCCCGCGGGUCUGGAGCAGGUGGUUGACAGCGCGGGUCCCCCUGGCGAGGGGCUGUGGUUUCCGCGUGCGGGGACGGGGAUUGGGAGCGGGCGGCUCUCCCCCGGCGAGGGCCGCACCGCAGAGCUCUGGCGUCGGGCUGAGAACGGGCCUCACCUAGAGCCUUCGGAGGGGCGUUUUGCUUUCUUCCUUUUUCCCAGCGUGAGCGUCGGGGAAAACAUGAGCCCUUUGUAGGGAAAGGGGAUGGAAUGAGGCGAAGGGUCUUAAAAGAUAAACUGUGGUGAGAUCUAAUCAACAUUUUAUUUGAGGCUGGUUCAGUGAGCAGAUUCUGUUCUCUAAUAGCAGCAUUAAACUAUAUUCUCCUUCCUACAUGUAGUUCAUCCUCGGCCCUUCCCAGUGGCGAUAACCCCAAAAUCUCAUUGAGUCACCAUGUCAAACUCAAAGUCCAGGAUCUGAUAAUAUAGAUCAUCAGUAGAAAACCUCCUAAAAGAAGAAAUUGUUCAAGAGAAAUAUGAAAGUAGCAAAAUAGAAGACAAAGAGAAUUGACAGCAAAUACAGAGGACAGCCUGGAAAUUUUAUUUCAUUCAUUUAUUUAACAAAUUCAUUCGGCAAAGCUUUGUUGAACACCUGCUCUUGCCGGGUAUUGUCCUGGGUAGCAGAACGCAGCAGUGAACAGACUCCUGCGUGCGUACAGCUGCAGCUGAUGAUGUCUUCCAGUUUCAGUGCAUGUAGAGUUGGCUUCUCUUUUGUUAUGAUGAAUAUUUUUUAUAAGUCAGCGGGAGACUCUCUACCAGAACUGAGUCCUCAGAAGUAUUUCAAUACAUUGCAACCAGGAAAAGCCUCCUUAGCUUAUUUUUGUCAAGCUAAUUCUGCAAGUCCCUGUAUAUUUCUUGAAGAACUGAAUGAGGCUGUUAAACCUCUCCAGAACUAUGGAAUUUCAGUUGCAAAGGUUAAUUGUGUCAAAGAAGAAACAUCAAGAUACUGUGGAAAGGAAAAGGAUUUGAUGAAAGCGUAUUUAUUCAGGGGCAACGUAUUACUCAGAGAGUUCCCUACUGAUACCUUGUUUGAUGUGAAUGCCAUCGUUGCUCAUGUUCUCUUUGCCCUUCUUUUUAAUGAAGUAAAAUAUAUUACCACCCUGGAAGACCUUCAGAACAUGGAAAAUGCUCUGAAAGGAAAAGCAGACAUUGCAUUCUCAUACGUCAGAGCCGUUGGAACGCCAGAGCACAGAGCUGUCAUGGAAGCUGCUUUUGUGUACGGGACCACAUACCAAUUUGUCUUAACCACAGAAAUUGCCCUUUUGGAAAGUAUUGGUGCCAAGGAUAUAGAAUAUGCACAUCUCUACUUUUUUCAUUGUAAAGUGGUCUUGGACUUGACCCAGCUGUGUAGAAGGACACUAAUGGAACAGCCAUUGACUACACUGAACAUUCAUCAAUUUAUUAAGACAAUGGAAGCACCUCUGCUGACUGAAGUUGCCGAAGAUCCUCAACAAGUUUCAACUGUUCACCUCCAACUAGGAUUACCGCUGGUUUUUAUUGUUAGUCAACAAGCUACAUAUGAAGCUGACAGAAGAACCGCAGAAUGGGUUGCUUGGCGUCUUCUGGGAAAGGCAGGAGUUCUACUCUUGAUGAGGGACUCUCUGGCAGUGGACAUUCCUCAGCACACUAAUGUGGUCUUCAAAAGAGAAGAGAGAGUGCCGGUCGAAUUUUUGGUGUUACAUGAUAUUGACUUAAUAGUAUCCCAUGUGGAAAAUAAUAUGCACAUUGAGGAAAUACAAGAAGGUGAAGAUGAAGACCAUGACAUGGAAGAUCCAGAUAUAGAUAUUCAAGAUGAUGAAGUGGCAGAAACUGUUCACAGAGAUAGGAAGAGACAGUUACCUUUGGAACUCACAGUGGAACUAACAGAAGAGACGUUUAAUGCGACAGUCAUGGCUUCUGACAGCAUCGUGCUUUUCUAUGCUGGUUGGCAAGCAGUAUCCAUGGCAUUUCUGCAAUCCUAUAUCGAUGUGGCAAUUAAGUUGAAAGACACACCCACUAUGCUGCUUACUAGAGUAAACUGUGCAGAUUGGUCUGGUGUGUGCACCAAGCACAACGUUACUGAAUUUCCUGUUGUAAAGAUGUACAAGGAAGGAGGGAACCCAGUAUCUUAUGCUGGUAUGUUAGGAACUGAAGAUCUCCUAAAAUUUAUCCAGCUCAACAGGAUUUCAUGUCCGGUGAACAUAACAUCUGUGCAAGAAGCAGAGGAAUAUUUAAGUGGGGAAUUGUAUCAAGACCUGCUCUCCUAUUCCAGUGGGCCAGUACUGGGGCUCUUUAGUCCAACCAUGACAACAGCAAAAGAAGAUUUCACUGAAGCAGGAAACUACCUAAGAGGAUGUGUUAUCACUGGAAUUUAUUCUGAAGAAGAUGUUUUGAUAUUGUCAAAUAAAUAUGCUGCAACUCUUCCAGCCCUGCUGCUUGCCAGACACAAAGGAGGCAAGAUAGAGAGCAUUCCGUUAACUAAUACCCAUGCGGAAGACAUAGUUCAAAUAAUAAAAAAUGCAUUCCUGGAAACAUUUCCAGAAAUCACUGUGGAAAAUCUUCCCACUUAUUUAAGACUUCAGAAACCGUUGCUUAUUUUAUUCAGUGAUGGCAGCAUAAUUCCUCAGUAUAAAAAAGCAAUAUUGACGCUGGUAAAAGAGAAACACCUGGAUUCACUCACCCCUUGCUGGUUAAAUUUAAAGAAUACCCCUGUGGGGAGAGGAAUCUUGCAGGCGUAUUUUGAUACUCUGCCUCCCCUACCUCUUCUUGUUGUGGUGAAUUUGCACUCAGGCGGCCAGGUGUUCGCAUUUCCGUCAGACCAGGCCAUAACUGAGCAGAACCUUUUAUUGUGGCUUAAGAAAUUGGAAGCAGGACUAGAAAGUCAUAUCACAAUUUUACCUGCUCAGGAAUGGAAACCUCCUCUUCCUGCUUAUGAUUUUCUAAGUAUGAUGGAAGCUGCAGCAUCUCGACAUUCCACUAGGAAAGGUCCUGAGUAUAUGAAAGAAACUGGUGUGCAGGAGAGUGAUGAAGAACAGCAUGAAGAUAAAUCAGCAAUUAGAAAAGAACUGACUGAAACAUUGAGAAUAAAGCAUUGGAAUAGAAGCAAUUGGUUUAAAGAAGCAGAAAAAUCAUCUAGGCAUGAUAAAGAGUUAUGAUGCUCAAAGUGAGUUGAUGUCAUAGGGCUCUGGCGAGCUUUCCAGAGUUUUUUGGCUUUUUGAUAGACUUAAGAAUUUAUUUCAUUAAAAAAUAAUACUAAGUCAUUUCGAGUUUCUAGAGCAGUGCCAUCCACCAGAAAUAGAAUGUGAGCCAUAUAUGUAAUUUAGAAUUUUCUAGUAGCCAUGUUAAAAAAGUAAAAAUGAGCAGGUGAAAUCAAUUUUAAUAACAUAUUUCAGCCAGUAAGUAUAACCAAAAUAGUUCAGUUAACAUAAAAAUUAUGGGAUAUUUUACAUCCUUUUUUAAUAUCAAGUCUUCAAAAUCCAGUGCAUAUUUAUACUUCAUAUCUCACUUUGGAGUAACUACAUGUGGCUAGUGACUACUCCAGUGGUUGGACAGCUCAGCUUUAGACAAAAACUGGUAUAUUAACUUAUACAAAAAACUGGUAAUUUAACUUAGUUCUAGUCAUGAUAUAUUUUGAACUAAAAUAUAGAUGUAACUGGUUUAAUCACAGCUGACUCACAGUGGAAUCAUACAGCUGGCAGUUGUAUUUGCUUUGUUGUAGUCGUGAUGUUUCUUAACCAGGGAGCAAUUUUGCCCCCCAGGGAACUUUUGGCAAGGUCAAGAGACAUUUUUGAUUAGGGAUGCUACUGGCGUCUAGUGUGUCGAAGCCAGGGAUGCUGCUAAACACCCUACAGUGCAUUGGACAGCCUCCCACAGCAGAGAAUCGUCCUGCCCAAAGGUCCACAGUGCCGACACGCUAUGGGCUUGAGGAACCCUGUGUUAAACUAACGUGUGGCAGAGUGGGCUCCCUGAAUUUUCCAGUUCUGCUCAGUUAUGUUUGAAAAAAACUUGAAUAUUAAAGAUAAAUAUUAGGUAGUGUUAUUGUGAUUAUUGUCUGGGCACAACCUUAUCUGUUCUUACAAAUUCUUUUUAUAAUAUUUUCAAAAAGUAAUGAGAUAACCCUAAAAGAGUGAUAUGUAUAUAUCACAAUAUAUAUUAUGUAUUAUAUAAUAGAAUGUAUAAUGAUUCUCUGAUGUAUACUAUAUAAUUCUCACAUAUGAAUAUAUAAAAGAAUUUAAAACCUACUCUUAUUUCUACAAGUUAUAUUGCUAAAUUUCAGAUUGAACAGGAAUUAAACAUUUUGCGGUUCUCACAUAUUUCAUUGUAACAUAGAUCAUCUGCUACUCUCAACACCCCCUCCUUGAUUUUUUUCCUGUAGCAUGUAAUUUCUGUUAUUUGAGUUCAUUCUCAUUUGUUCUUAUUUCUAACAUGGGAGAUAAGAGAGUAAACUUUAAAGACAGUUUGUAGUAGUAAAACAUCAUCAGCCUAACCAUUAGAAAAUGCUAAUCAACUACAAGCACAUAGAAACGUGAAAUUGAUUAGUCAUUGUACCAUAGCCAGCAAUUUUGACUGUUAUUAAUACAUGUUCUUUUAAUAAUUUUAAAUAAAGUAUCUGGAUUUCAGGCUA